UGCUCGUCUUGUCUCAGCCCUCUGCCUGGCUCCGUCAUGGAUUUAGUACUGAGGGUAAUCAUUGCCUGUUCUCUCUACAGGAAGGUUGCGGGGGAUUAUGACGGCAGGUGGCCUACGCAAGUUGCAUCUUCUACAGGACUCUGCCGGUAUGGUAACAGGAUUGACUGCUGUUGGGGGUGGGCUCGACAAUCUUGGGGACAUUGCACACCUUUCUACUACGUCUUAAGGCAGAGACUAGCCAGCGUAAGGUGCCGUACACAAGCCGUUUGUCAGCCACCCUGUAAACAUGGAGACUGUGUAGGUCCCAAUAAAUGCAAAUGUCACGCUGGUUACACCGGAAAGACCUGCAAUCAAGAUGAGCGUCUACUAACCAUCCAGCCCGAGUGGUACCAUGAUGUGCCUGUUUUCUACCCUGUGGAUGUUCCUGUGACAGGGUAUCCUCCUGAGGAUCUAAAUGAAUGUGGACUGAAGCCUCGACCCUGCAAAUACCGUUGCAUGAAUACGUUUGGAAGCUACAAGUGCUAUUGUCUAAAUGGAUAUAUGCUCAUGCCUGAUGGAUCAUGUUCAAAUGCUCACACUUGCUCUUUGGCAAAUUGCCAGUAUGGUUGUGAUAUAGUAAAAGGAGAGGUUCGCUGUCGCUGUCCAUCUCCAGGGUUGCAGCUAGGACCAGAUGGGAGAACAUGUGCGGAUGUUGAUGAGUGUGCAACAGGAAAAGCGGUUUGUCCUCGGUUUAGAAAAUGUGUCAAUACGUUUGGCAGCUAUAUCUGCAAAUGUUAUCCUGGAUAUGACUUAAUCCAUGCCCACGGAAAGUACCAGUGCUUCGAUAUUGAUGAAUGUUACACUGGGCAGUAUCAGUGCAGUAACUUUGCAAGAUGCUUCAACACACCGGGAUCAUACAGGUGUAAAUGUAAUGAUGGCUACCGUGGCAAUGGAGCAGACUGUACACCUAUCCCCAGAGUUGUGAUUGAUCCGCUGGGGCCUCAUAAUUUUCUACCAGGUAAAGAUAAUGUCAGAAACAUUGUUAGAGGAAAUGGCAGCACACUAAGUGGUAGUGAAGGAAGCAGUAACAGGAUUCCAGACUAUGGUGGCAGACAUCCUAAGUGGCCUCCUUCACCCUCUAUUACAGCCAAGCCUCAACCAAAGACAACUACAACCAGAUCGCCACCAGUGACUCGGCCAGUGCCUAACCCAAUUACAAGGCAGCCUCAAAAGCCAGCAACAAGGCCUCCACAGCCAGCAACUAGGCCCCCACAGCCUGCGACAAGACCUUCUCAGCCAGUGACAAGACCUCCUCAGCCAGCAACAAGACCUCCACAGCCAGCAACAAGACCUCCACAGCCAGCAACAAGGCCACCCCAGAUUUUGACAAGACCACCUCAACCAGUCACUAGACCACCACAGCCAGUAACGAGACCACCACCCAAACCAACAACCACUACAGUCAUAUAUACAACAGCGCCUACACAGCCCCCCACUAGACCCCCAGAGGAUAACAAAAUCCAGGACCAAGGCAAACAACGGGGCGAUGUGUUCAUUCCACACCAUGAAAACAACAUAUUUUACCAUUUUGACGUUGAAAGAGGGCUGAGCGCAGAUGAGAAUGAAGAAAAUGAUGAUCCAGGAGUAUUGAUCCACAGCUGCAAUUUUGACAAUGGACUGUGUGGCUGGAUUAGAGAUAAAGACAAUGAUUUACACUGGGAACUUGUCAAAGAUGCUUCAGGAGGACAGUAUCUAACUGUCAUGCAGCCAAAAGGAAAGUCUGGAAAGGUAGCUCGCUUAGUCCUUCCUCUUGGACAUCAAUCACCUGAAGACCUUUGCCUGUCAUUUAGACAUUUUAUGUCAGGAGAAAAUUCUGGCAAACUACAAGUCUUUGUAAGAAGAUCUGGAGCACAUGGGCCUUCUAUAUGGGGCAGAAAUGGAAGUCACGGUUGGGGAGAGACGCACAUAACCUUACCUGGGUCUGGAAUCAAAAGUAUAAUUUUCAAAGCAGAAAGAGGCAGAGAUCGAACGGGACAACUUGGCCUUGAUGAUGUCAGCUUAAAAAGAGGCCAGUGCACUAAAGCAUAAAAGUCAACACAACUUUAGCUAAAGUGAAUGACAACCCAGCACAGAGAGGGGCAGGAAAUGGACAUCAAUCACCAGAGCUGUUGUGAAACAAGAGACAAAAAUGUCACAACAAUGGAGAACUAAAAACCCAGCAUAUGCUCCUCUUUGACAACGGGCACAAGAACUUGAAGAUGGUUUGUUUCCAGAGAACAUUUCAAUGUACUAUGGUUCCUAAUACUGUACACACCCUACAAGAGACCAUUUCCUGAGGAAGGGAACCCAUUCAGUAGGAACUUUUCUGGUCCGGUGUGAAGAUAAUGCUUGCAAUAUAUGUGCUCGAGCUUCUGAAAGUACAAACACCACUGAUGACGAUCAUUAUACCACUUAUAGUGGAGGGAAAAGCUUUGUAAAUGCAUAAUGUAUACCUAAGUAUUUAUCAACAGAGAUGAACUCCAAAUUUUUAUGGGAAUAGCAUGUUAAUAAAUUAUGGUGAAUAACUG